AUGGUAAGAAAAUCCAGAGCGGCUAUCUUACCGACCAAUGUUAUUCUUUUACAAAAUUUAGUUAAAAGGGAUCCUCAGUCAUACCGCGAAGAAUUUUUACAACAAUAUUCGCAUUAUGAAUCCCUCAGAGAUAUCUUCAUGCUCAGCGCGAUGGAGAAUCAAAGUGCGGAUGACUCCAACACCACCCAGUUUGUAGAGCUGGUAGGGUUUGUGAGCCAGGUAUGCUCAUGUUUUCCAGAGGAAACCGCAAACUUUCCAAAUGAAUUGAAGCAACUCGUACUAGAAUAUCAUCGUUCCUUGCCAUUUGAAGUUCGCGAGAAAAUUAUUUCCAGUCUCACCAUGUUGAGAAACAAAGGUGUCAUUUCCGCGGAGACUUUGAUUCAAACCAUGUUCCCUUUGCUGGUUGCUUAUUCUUCCCAUAGCAACGCCCUGGGUACAAAUUCGCAUGCCAAAGAGGUCAGGAAGCUAGUAUACAAUACUUUGAUUUCGCUUCUCAAAAGUUGCAAUACAGGUGCCAAGAAUCAGAAACUCAAUAGGUCCACACAAGCCAUCUGCUUCAAUCUCUUGGAUCAACCAGAUUCACAAGGUGUGUGGGCUGCGAGGCUUACUCGUGAAUUAUGGAGAAGAGGUAUCUGGGACGACUCGAGGGCCGUUGAGAUUAUGACACAGGCUGCGUUGCAUGACGAUGUGAAAAUUGCGUACUCGGGAGUAUUGUUUUUCCUAGGGGCCGAUAAAGAACGUGAGGAGAACUUUGAAGAAAAUUCCGACGACGAAGAUAUCGACAUGGAUGCUUUGAGACACAAGAUGCAAAUUAACAAGAAGAGUAGCAAACGUGGUAAAAAACUUGAUUCGGCUUUGAAAGCUGUCAAAAAGAAGAAAGCGGGUCCCAAAACACCUCAAGGCUAUCUCAAUUUCAGUGCAAUUCACCUUCUACGUGAUCCUCAAGGAUUUGCUGACAAAUUAUUCACUAAGCAGCUAUCCAGCAAGAGUAACAACAGGUUUGAUUUAGACCAAAAAAUUGCUUUGAUGCAAUUGCUGUCUAGGUUAAUAGGUACCCAUAAACUUAUGGUUUUGGGAUUUUAUUCAUUUUUCUUGAAAUACCUCACACCUAAGCAAAGAGAUGUCACCAAGAUUUUGGCAGCAGCGGCCCAAGCAUCCCACGAUUUGAUUCCUCCUGAAACCAUUAUGGUGUUGGUGCGCAAAAUUGCCGACGAGUUCGUGAGUGACGGUGUGGCAUCUGAAGUUGCAGCAGCAGGGUUAAAUACGAUUAGAGAGAUUUGCUCGCGUGCUCCAUUGGCCAUAGACGAAACCUUGCUUCAAGAUUUGACCGAGUAUAAAGGGUCUAAAGCAAAGGGUGUCAGUAUGGCUGCCAAGUCCCUGAUUGCUUUAUAUCGUGAGGCUGCUCCUGAAAUGUUGAAGCGCAAAGAUCGUGGUAAAGUUGCCUCUAUGGAUAUCCAAGAAUCUAAUCGCGAAGGUGGAGAGUCGAAAAGACCUAAGUUCGGCGUGGAAAACAACGUGCAAGGAAUUGCCGGGAUUGAGUUAUUAGCGAAAUGGCAAAAAGAUAAUGAAAAUGCCGAAGCUGAGGACGAAGACAAUGACGACAAUUGGGAAAUUGACGAGGACCACGUUGAGGAUGAAGACGAGGAAGACGAAGGUGAAUGGGUAACUGUGGAGAGCGACAAAGAGUAUGACGUUGAUAUGGGUGAGAGCGAUGGUGAGGACAAGGAGAAGGACGAGUCGGAAGACGGUGCCCAGAAAGAAAAAGCACUGGAUCCCGAAUCGGCGUUUAAGGAGUUAGCGACGUCGCGUGUAUUGACGCCCGCAGAUUUCGCCAAGUUGGAGGAAUUGAGAACUGAACAAGGUGUAGCUCGUCUCAUGGGUGUGAGAAACGAAGAGACUGUUGACUCAGAUCGCCUAGUCGGACCCUUGAAACACCGCAAGAGCACCAAGGAAGAGAGACUAGCUAGUAUCAUGGAAGGGAGAGAAGGCAGAGAAAAAUUCGGAAGUCGCAAAAAGAACAGAGAUCAGCAGAGAUCCACGACCAAUCGUGAGAAAGAGCGGAAGAAAAAUUAUGUUAUGAUGAUUCACAAGAGAUCAGUUAAGGGCAAACAGAAGAUGUCUCUGCGUGAUCGUCAAAAGGUCUUGCGUCAGCACAUUACAAAACAGAAGAAAAAGGGCCAUUAA